GCGAGUGCGCAAAGAAUGUCGGCCAUUUUGGGCGAAAAGUAAAUUCCGAAAGUACCUACAUUAAUAUUUUGACAUGGAUCACAGUUUUCUGUUAUUCCCGUAAACAAUUAUUCUCUGUGGAUUAAUAGAGUAUACAUUGAUUGAGCUUUGUGAAUGAAGAAAACUCCCAGUGCUUGUCGAAUUAACACUUAAUUCACGCCGAAACAGUGCCCUGUUUCAGAAACAAAUUGGGACUGUUUCUAUUUCGGUACAAGUCGGUCCAAACAAACCUGCCCAUUUCAACGUUAACUGUCUCUUAUGUUACUUUAUGAAAUAAGUGCAUACAGAGUUGGCAUAACGUUGUUGCAUGUGCUAAGAAAUUUGCUGAAGUAUUUCGAUUCUAUCGGAUAUUUUCACUUUUAUUGAACAAAUGGUGGAACUUGAUCAGUUCGGUCAAAUCGAGUUAAACUGAUUAGAAAUUCAAAAUGUCGACAACUGCCACUAGAGCUCCACUAACUACAGUCCACGAGUCAGUGAUGUCAGAACAUCGUAAGGAUGAAAAGUCCAACACAAGAAUUUCCUCAUCAAAGUCACGCACUGAUGAGCCGCACAUUGGAAAAUAUCGUCUGAUAAAAACCAUUGGGAAAGGAAACUUUGCAAAAGUGAAAUUGGCAAAGCAUGUUCCGACUGGACGCGAGGUUGCUAUCAAAAUCAUAGACAAAACACAGCUUAAUCCUUCCAGCUUACAAAAGUUAUUUCGAGAAGUAAGAAUAAUGAAAAUGUUGGACCAUCCUAAUAUAGUUAAGUUAUUCGAAGUUAUAGAGACAGAGAAGACGUUAUAUCUAGUUAUGGAAUACGCCAGUGGAGGGGAGGUGUUCGAUUAUUUGGUGGCACACGGCAGAAUGAAAGAAAAAGAAGCACGAGCUAAGUUCAGACAGAUAAUAUCAGCAGUUCAGUAUUGUCACCAGAAGAAUAUUGUUCACAGAGAUUUAAAGGCUGAAAACUUGCUGCUGGACGCAGACAUGAACAUCAAGAUUGCAGACUUUGGGUUCAGUAAUGAAUUUGUCCCUGGCAACAAGCUUGACACGUUCUGUGGGAGUCCUCCGUAUGCUGCACCAGAGUUGUUUCAGGGAAAAAAAUAUGACGGUCCCGAGGUGGAUGUGUGGAGUUUAGGCGUUAUUUUGUACACUCUAGUCAGUGGUUCCCUUCCUUUUGAUGGCCAAAACUUAAAGGAACUUAGAGAAAGGGUUCUACGGGGCAAAUAUAGAAUUCCUUUUUACAUGUCAACAGACUGUGAAAACUUGUUGAAACGAUUCUUAGUCUUAAAUCCAACUAAAAGGGCUAGUUUAGAGAACAUUAUGAAAGAAAGGGAGAGUUGGAUUAACCUCGGCUGGGAGGAGAACAAAUUAAAGCCCUACCAAGAACCCCCUCGAGAUAUUGUUGAUGCUAAACGGAUAGAGAUCAUGGUGAAUAUGGGAUAUGGUCGGUCGACCAUUGAGGAAUCUGUGGUUCAACAGAAGUUUGAUGACCUUCAGGCCACUUACCUUUUGCUGGGCAGGAGGACCACAGACUUGGAAGGUAGUGAUCGAUCGGGCAGUAGCCAGUCAUUGCGGCAUCUCCAGACAUCAACGACGUCAAAUCGACCGACGAGUGAAAAUCAGGCGAACAACCACUCUCCAAACAAGGGGGUGACGAGGAGCCAGUCGGCUACUAACAGUGGACAGAGAGGUCCGAGGCGCCAUAGUCAUGGCGGAGAUAAUAAUGCGCAUGGUAGUAUGAAACGGGGUCCGGGCAGUGCAUCUCAGUCGAGCAGUCACUCGACGCGUAGGCAGAACACCAUCGACACAAGCAGCUCCGCAAAGGAGAACAUCAUCUCAGGGAGAAAAACUCCGUCAUCAAUGGAGUCGCCAAAGAUUAAUUCAGCGAGUCCUGGUCGGGCUACUAUUCCUAAGAAGCCGAGUUCAGCGACGCCGACAGGAAAGAACAGUGUGAUACAUAAAAGCGUUCCUCAUCGGAGCGGAACAUUUAGUCCCGGUGAUAACCGUGUUCAGGCUCCCAUAGAUAAGACACCAUCAAGAACUACGAAUGGACAGGAUAUAAGGCAAAUGACAAACUCCACUAAUGCCUCUGACAUUAAGUCCACAAAUCGUGAUGUGGCGCGUCCAAAGCAUGUGAAAUCUGCGAGCACGUCUCAUCCACGAAAUAUGGAGUUACCUCCUCUUGAAAGUGAUUUUAGACCCACCACUGCCCCAGGGAACCCCUCUGUGCCUAUCUCGCCAGCCGCCCGGCCCUCGAAUCCACCUAUCCUGAGCCGUAACAUCCAGAGUCGCAGCACAUUCCACGGAGGGGUUGUUCGCGAUCGACGAACACCCGGCUACAACAACCCUGUACCAGGAUACUCCCAGGAUACAUCCACAAUGAAUGCAACUGGCCGAUUCUCUAUCUUUAACAAGCUCACUUCGAAAUUUAGUCGAAGAGACAGUGGAGAAAUGAUACCACGCAGCAAAUUGUUCCGCAGGUCCAUUAAUGAGGGUCAGCGCGAGGGCGGCGGUGGGAUUAGUGGAGUUCACGGGGGCAGUACCCCGACCACAGGCAUUGAGGGGUCUGUGAAACCCCGAUCGCUCCGUUUCACGUGGAGCAUGAAGACGACGAGCUCCAUGGAUCCCAACGAUAUGAUGAAGGAAAUACGCAAAGUUCUUGAUCAAAAUAACUGUGAUUAUGAGCAGCGUGAAAAGUUCCUGUUGCUUUGCGUACACGGGGACCCUAAUACAGACAGUCUCGUGCAAUGGGAGAUGGAAGUUUGCAAGCUGCCCCGCCUAUCACUCAACGGAGUACGCUUCAAGCGAAUUUCCGGGACUUCCAUAGGAUUUAAGAACAUUGCAUCAAAAAUUGCCAAUGAAUUGAAGCUAUGAUGUUAUCUGACAAGAUAAUCAUGUAGAUUUUACAUUAUCAUGAGAUUUUUUAUAUUUAAAAAAAAAGUUGGGCGACGGCUUAUACUACUGAAUUUAAAGACUUUGUCGUUACAGUGCCUCGGUAUAAUAUUGGGCAUUUGUUCAUGCAGAGUGUAUUGUUAUCGCAGGUGUGUGGCCUGUGGAAUGUGAUCUAGAUGUUCAAUGUCAGGAGAUGAAUUGGUUCCUGUGUUCUGAUAAUGGCCCUAUGGUGGGGGCCAAGGUAUCAUUAUGUUCAUGUCAUUGUGACAAGGUGGUCUGUUGUCCUUAAGUACUUGUAAAAUAUCUGUUUUGUGUGCACUGGGUUAUGGAAAACAUAAUUGUACAUGUGUGUUGGCACACCUUAGUGUUCAUUGUAAAGUGCACAGAAAGCAGGUUUCAUCAUUUGUUAAAAUAUUUCACUACUGUGGGUUUUGAUCAAAGUUGUGCCAAGGAGAUGACAAUGUAACUUGUAAGCACUAUAUUUUCAAGGUAUUUCAAGGGCACAGACAUAGAAUAUAGGCAGGGUACCAUACUUUUAGUCACAAAAAUGGAAUAAGGCCCCUAAAGCGCUAACAACUUGGGGGAGUAGCACUCAACAAUUUUGGGAGAGUAGCACUCAACAACUUUAGAGUUGAAUGUGUACACUUGUGAUUCUGUUUCUCACGUUGUGGUGUUAUUUAUGUGGAAUCAUGGUAUCCAGUCACUGUUAAUUAUUACUGAUCAGUGUUUCUGACUUUAUUUGUAUAAAGUGUACAUAUUGUGUAAAAUAAUAUAUAUCUAGUGAUUUAUUUUCCUUCAUGGAAAAUUGACCUUAGUAAUGAAAGAUGUUUUCUUUACAUAAAUCAUGUGCAGAUACAGAGUUAUUGUACAUUUUAGUAUACUAUGUUUUACAAAUAUUGACACAGUUUGCAUGCAUUAUAUCAAUCACCUAUAUUGAUAAUAGUAAAUACUAAUGUAUCAAUAUAUAUUAGGACUUUUAAAUUUAAUAUUUGGGUGCUCAAUAAGACAUAAGUUAAAGCAGUGAAGUAUUGUUGCAAAACUAGCUUAAGUUUAAUCUUUUACUAAGUUAAACUUAGUUUAGUAAAGCAUUAACUGCUUGUAUGAUACGCAGUCAAACUCAGAAGUGAGCCUUUAUGUUGAAUUAGCUGUCAUAUAUUACUGAAAUGCUCAUUAUUUGUGCAUAAGUAUUUUUCGUUUGUCUCAUAAAACAAAUCAAAAGAAAUUAGGCAGAAAAUAUAUAACUGAAGUCUAUUUUAAAGGUGCUUCAAGCAAAAUAAUUGAUGCGGUUAAAUGCUUUGCCUGUGUCAGAAAAAUAAGCCCAUCUUGCGCAUAAUCCUUGAAAUCUUCCCCUUAGCUACUUGACAGUGUAUAUAAUCAUCUUCAAUGUUCUGUUUUGUUUUGAUUUUCACAACUUUUGGUUAUUUCGAAAGAUUGCAAGAACCAAGUUUCAUUCAUCAAGAAUUUUUCUAUUGUAAAGUUUUGUGAAUAAUGUUUUCCUGAAUAGUUAUUGUCUAUAAAUAUUUUUAGAGAGAAAAAGCUGUUUCAUUGAUAAUUGAAACACUUGUUAGGUGAUACAAUUAUUGAAAUAUUUUCUUCAUAUUAAAUCUGUUAUCUUUGAUGUAAGUCUUAAAUAUGCAACCCGAGUAUAUAACAGUUAACACUACUAUAAAUAUAUAUUUUGUUUCGUAAAAAGGUGUUUAAGUGUGUUUCCCAGUUGUAAAUGUACCCAGUGCUUGCAAACUGUCCAUUCUGUGCUAUAUAAUAAUGUGAUAUGUUACACAAAGUCUCCUGUAUGGUAAGCCAUCUAGAUUAAGUGUCAGCAUUAAAUAGCACAUCUAUAGUCAGCAUUGAAUACCACAUCUAGAGAGUAGAGUCAGCAUUGAAUACUGUAUCUAGAUUCAGCAUUGAAUACCACAUCUAUAGUCAGCAGUAUUCUAUAGUCAGCAUUGAAUACUGCAUCUAUAGUCAGUAUUGAAUACUGCAUCUAGUGUUGGCAUUGAAUACUGCAUCUAUAGUCAGCAUUGAAUACCGCACCUAUAGUCAACAUUGAAUACUGCAUCUAGUGUUGGCAUUGAAUACUGCAUCUAGAGUUGGCAUUGAAUACAUCAUCUAAUGUUGGCAGUGAAUACAGCAUCUAGUGUUGGCAUUGAAUACUGCAUCUAGUGUUGGCAUUAAAUACAGCAUCUAGUGUUGGCAUUGAAUACAGCAUCUAGUGUCGGCAUUGAAUACUGCAUGUAGUGUUGGCAUUGAACACAGCAUCUAGUGUUGGCAUUGAAUACUGCAUCUUGUGUUGGCAAUGAAUAAUGAGGCAACUUCCAAAAUUGAACCACAUAAGAAGCGUGAUACUACUGACAUUAUUUAGAUGGCUUGUCAGGGUAGACUUGAAGCAGAUCAUGCAAUUUGAAUUAUAUUUUUUAAGUUUCAGCUUGAUAUACCUGUUAAUGUUUGUUGCAAGAAGAAUCAAUUUAAUUUUAGAUACAGAUGAUAUAGGGUUUUAGCAAGGUUUCAAAAACGACAGGAUAAGCUGAAAGAAGGGAGAAAAAGCAUAUCAUAUUGGGCAAUGAAGAACUUAAACGUUAUGUAUCUAAUGUUUGAAUUGGUUGAAUUGCAGUAACAUAAUGUUUCAACUACCAGAUGGGAGCCGUGGUAGUCAAGGGCAGGGUGCAGUACCCUUCCAUUACUCUAUAGCUGAAAUGCUAAUAUGUUCUUGGAUGUUUUUCAGUGGCUUUGAUUCUUGGCAAACUUAAAAUUUUGUUCUUCAUUGCAUGAUCUGUCUCUACAUCUUGUGAUGAAGCAUUAUGAACAAAUUGAUAAAAAAUCUUUUAUUACUAACAUAUUGGGCAUCCAUAUUGUUUUAACGUUUUAGUUUAUAUAUUUAUUCAAGUAAUAUUUCCUACAGUUAUGGUCUAAAAUCAUUUUAAAAUCGUUCAAGUUAUGUAACGCUCUUACCUGAUUAUUUUGUUAAAAAAUCUUCAAAAAGCAUUGGAAUUUUUUGGCGAAAGUUAAUAAUUUUCUUCUUUAUUUAUAAUAUUUAUUUUGUUUGUCUUGGAAUAAUUUGAAUCAUGACAAACAGAAAUGGUCUUACAGUAUAAUCACCAAUAAUCAGUUUUGGGCAUUUCAUGAAAUAUAUUUAGCACAAAAAAUAUGCAAAUUGCUUUAAAAAGUACCCAUGACCUUAUAUACACAUCAAGUCAUGGGAACGCAGUUCUGUUUUCAGUAUAAAGAAAUUAUGACAUCUUAUUUUACUUUUUUUCCUUGCAUCAUAUUAACUGUAAGACCUUUUUUGCUUGUUGCGGUUCAAUUUUUUAACUAUAAGUUUGAUAAAGGUUACAUAACCUUCUAAUCUUAUUUUCUGGAAGCGUCUCAUGCAUUCUUCAUUUUUCCUUCACAUAAGUUUUUACAUGCAAUAACUCUUAUUCCUGAUCUAUAUGUGUCACUCGAUGAUGCAAUGACAAAAUAAAUAUGUGACAAAACCUG